AUGCUAAAUACUAAGUGCUUUCAAUCGCCAAGGCUCGAUGAUUCAGGAGAUUCUUGGCUGGGGAAUCUUGAUCUGACAACACUUGCAGCAAAUCACUCAUCUCCAAAGCGUUCUACACCCGAACGUCGUAAUGUUCGUAUAUCAAAUAGCCGUACUCCCAAUUCUCCUGAACGUGCAGAAUCAAUGUCAUUUCGAGAGCGUAUUUUGCUUCAACUUCACAUGAACUCCGCUCUGGAUACUUCAGUUCGACAUUCCAUUCGUGCUCAAUCUUCCCCUUCCACUGAAUCGCAAAUCAAACUCGCCAGUCAACUCAGUUAUCGCGACGCAACUAACUGGCUUUCUUUAGUUGGAUUACCUUGUCGUGUUAAGGAGCUUCUUCAGCAACAUCGUGGCAUAAGCAAUCUCUAUGGUAACGACUGGCAGAUGCAAUGCCUUAAAUUAGCUGCAACUUCAGACCGAGCAAAUCUUAUUUAUAGUCUCCCAACAAGUGGUGGGAAAACCCUAGUCGCUGAAAUCAUGUUGCUCUCAGAGGUUCUAGUUACUCGCAAAAAUGUCCUCUUUAUUCUUCCCUUUGUCUCAAUUGUUCAAGAAAAAGUACGGAGCCUCAAUCCCCUGGGUUUGGAUUUGAAUUUUCUUGUGGAGGAAUAUGCCAGCAAUAAAGGCCGUAUUCCACCUAUUAAAAGGCUGAAGAAGUGUUCUGUCUACAUCGCCACUAUUGAAAAGGCCCAGAGCAUUGUUAACAGCCUUAUUGAUGCUUCUAGACUGGAGGAACUCGGGUUGGUUAUUGUUGAUGAAUUACACAUGUUGGGCGAGGGUGGCUCACGUGGAGCAGCUUUAGAGCUUAUUCUAACUAAAUUGAAAAUAGUUUCUCCCCAAACGCGAAUUAUUGGCAUGAGCGCAACCCUCUCUAAUCUCUCGGAACUGACGGACUUUCUCAAUGCCAAACUUUACACAAAUGACUUUCGACCGGUUGAUCUUGUUGAAUACAUUAAAGUCGGUGAUAAUCUAUACAAGAUUCUUCCUUCUCACAGAAAUUCAUACUGCCUAUCCGAACGUGUUGAACAUGAGAGGGUAAUCAAUUUUCAGUAUCCAGAUGAGGUGAAGAAACGAGAUCCCGAUCAUCUCGUUGGUCUUGUUGCCGAAGUUCUUCUAGCCCCUUCUGUACACGGGACAAGCCGAUCUCCCUCCUGUCUGGUUUUCUGUCCCACCAAAGCUCACUGUGAAAAUACCGCACGAUUGCUAGCUGAUCUUUUACCGGUGCAGGUCGAUAAUACAGUUGGCGAGGAGGUGCGUAAGCGACGCCAACAACUCCUUGCCAACUUGAGGUUGGAUGCUCAACGAGAGCCGAACCCCGAAGCUUUGGAGGCUUGCUGUCCUAUUUUGGAAGCGACUAUUCCUCGUGGAGUUGCCUAUCAUCACUCAGGGUUAACUCAGGAGGAGAGAAGGGAGUUAGAAGAAGCUUUUCUUGAAGGAGAUACAUUGAGAGUUAUUUGCUGUACGUCUACUCUUGCUGCUGGUGUUAAUUUACCCGCUAGACGGUAUGUGUUUCGAAUCCUCUUUUUCAUUAUUUCUAUUAAGUACAUUUUUGGGAUAAAUAUUGGGCUAUAA